AUGUCGUCUUCCAACCCAAUUCAACGCCUGGUAUCUUACGCACUGCCAGGCACAUUCAUUCUCACAAGCGUCAUCUGCCACGUCCAGACCGCCAUUUUCCAUCCCAGGCUGCUUUUUGGUCAUUUUGCUCGCUACAAGGAGAAGGCCUUUGCGACAGUUUGGGCUAUAGGCGGCGUGAUAUGUGCCAAAGAUACCCCGACGCCUCUCGGACCCAUCCUCGCGCAGAGCAAGGGUGUCAUCCUGGAUGUUGGUCCUGGUGCUGGACACCAAUUGUUCCGCUUUUCUAAUCCGCAGGGAAUCGAAGCAAUAUACGGGGCAGAGCCCGGCGUGAGCAUGCACGCGGCUUUGAAAAAGCGUGCGGAUCACGCUGGUCUGGGCAAUAAGUACCACGUCUUGAGCUGCGAAGCGAAGCUCGACUCGCUAGUGCCAGCACUGGCGAGGGCCGGGGUCAUCAAGGCCAGCGAUAACGAGGGCAGAGGGGAGAACGCUCCGUUUGACGAGAUCGUCUGCAUCCGCGUGCUCUGCGGGGUCCAUGACUUGGACGAAGUGAUUGAAGGUCUGUACAGCAUCCUCAAACCAGGUGGCAGGAUGGUCGUGUGUGAGCACGUGAUCAAUUCGGGGGACAGCACGAAAGGCGGAACUGCAGUUGGCCGCUCGUUGCAGAAAUUGUACAUGUGGAUUGGUUGGAGUUCCUUGAUGGGCGGCUGUGAGUUGACGAGGGACACGCUGUCGAGCCUGCACAGAGCAGCAGAGAGGGAUGGUGGUUGGGACAAGGUCGACGUGGAACUCUGCGACCCCUACAGCACGAUUCCUCAUAUCGUGGGGACAUUGGUGAAAAAGAGGUGA